AUGGUGAAGAUCGUCUUUUCGGUUAUUGGGCUUUUAGCCUGCCUUUUUAUUGGAACUAAAGAAGGUUCGGCUUACUUGCUCGACCCUGAUUGUGCCGUUUCAAGGAGCCUCCCGAGGAUUAUGGGAGGUCGAGAUACAGACAUACUUUCGAAUCCAUGGAUGGUUUUGGUGAUCGGUCCAAAACUAGAGACAGGUGUUAAAUUCUGUGGCGGCUUUGUUCUGACAGCAGCGCAUUGUAUAGACUCUGGGCCCAUGAAAGUACGCUUGGGGGAAUACGAUAAUCAAUACCUCAUGGAAGACUGCAGUUCGGGUAUUUGCUUACCAAGGAGCUUUGAAGUUGAUGUCGAUAAGACAUUUGCUUAUAUACAAUGUAGUUACAAGAAUGAUAUAGGCAUCCUUCGAAUGAGUAAAACAAUACCCUACUCAGAUUUUGUGAGACCGAUCUGCAUUCUCAUCGAUGAAGAAAUUGGAUACGUGCCCUUAUUUAGUGUCACCGGCUGGGGUAGAACUGAAAGAAGCGAUUCUAGCAAGGUUCUACAAGUUGCUACCUUACAAAACAUAGAUCGUAACCAAUGUGCGGAGAGUUUUAAAUCGGAGUUUGAUGUAGCCCAGAUAUGUGCUGGCAAUUAUACCAGCGACUCAUGUGUGGAGGAUUCUGGCGGACCACUAAGCGCAGUACGAACCUAUAAGGGUCAUAACCGGACCUUCCAGUACGGUAUUGUCAGCCUUCACUCUUGUGGCGGUUUGGGAGUUUACACAAAUGUAACGCACUUUACUGAUUUUAUCUUGAGCGUUCUUGAAUAUUUGCGAAUUUCGGAACUUGAUUAA